AUGUCAAAUGCACAGACGAUGCAAACGAUGGGCUCUCGUUCGGAACCCGACAUUGAAGAAGACAACGAGAGCGAGGUUCUUGACGAUUUUCUCGGGGCUACAGCCAUUUCUCCAAGCAGCUGGUGGAGGAAAAAGAGCACAUGGCAUAUUGGACGGGAUGACAAGCUCGAAAUGCCUAGCUCUCUCGAAAUGCUCCUAGAUGAUUAUGAACUAGCGCUAGGCGUUGAGUCCCCAAAUGCUAAGCUCAUCCGCCCUCGACUGGAGUCCAUCCUAAUCCAAAUCUUAGUCUGCACGGCACACGCCUUUGGGGGUUGUACUUACACCGUGGGCUGUACGGUGGACUACGCUCUAUGGUACGGCAGCCGACAAGACCUGGAGACCAACUUUAUCAUUGUCCGAAACGACGUGCUAAUGGAGGAUGAGUGCUGGUUGCCUCUUGCAGCUAUGUCAAUAAUCCACUACGCUCGAAAAACUGCCGGGAGGAAUGCGGAAAUAUAUGGCAUCUGUACAGAUAGCUACAAAUGGACGUUCCUGCACCUCAACAACAAGAGUCAGCCUUAUCCUGCCCCAACAUUUACAAAAUCUCUCCCUUUGCCGUAUUUCACCGAGCUUAAUAUCGAAAUGAUGGACUACUUUAAUCAAAUACACAGAGGCUCAGCAUCCUCGGCCUUGCACGGCAAAGCUGAAAUCGACGAUGUACCGAUAGUUUCUAGGACUGCCAUCCGGCAGAGUAAAAAGCGUGUCCCCUCAGAAAAGAACAAUUUACCACAUCUCUCCAUUGCCGACAUAAAACCCCAAGAUGUUCGGGGGUUCUUACGCCUGCAGCCAGAUCUGAAUUUCAAGUCUUGCUGGCAGUCUACAACGCAGGGCAACAUUCAAGGGCCCGAGUAUUUAGGAUCGAUUUUGUCGGGGUACUCGCGUGCUGCAGGUAAAGACAGCGAGAGCAAGCCGCAUAUGAGAUCCCGUCUCGAAGCAAUUUUCUUCGCAGUCCUGGCAAGCAAGAAGCGCGAGUCCGCCUCUGCUUACGGGUCCCUUCACAUUCAGUUUGAGAAGAGUUUGAGUCUCCCCUGGACCCACAACCACAAAGCCUAUCUGUUAGAGGGCACGACAGACUACACACUCUGGUACGGGGACCAAAAAAAGGAGACCAAUCUGCUACUUUUCCUUGCACCGCAACGAGGGAAAAUCGGCCGCUAUCAAGCAUUGUCUUGCAUGGCGAUGCUUCACCAUGCAAGGAAGAGGGCUCGUUGCAACGACACUACAGUAUAUGGAAUCGUCACCGACUCCUACGAGUGGCGCUUCUUGUGCAUCGACAAUCAAUCUCGGUACUCAGGCUGUCUCAUGAGCUUGGAUAAAGGACAGCAGGUGGAGAUUAUAUCGUCGAUUUACAAGAUCCUCAACCAUGCCGCAGCGCUGGCGCAAGCCCUCGAAGCACCAAGUCUGACAGAGUACAGGAGUGUCGAAGACGCUAGUGGUCUCGAAUGGUCUGACCGAAGGAAUCCAAGUCUGGAGAGCAAUGGCUUUAAAGGGAAGAGUUUGCCGGACAUGCAAGUGUAG